AUGCUGCACAUCCGGCACAGGCCACGCCGAGGCGCCACAUCGCCGCCGCUGCGUGGCCUCCCGCUCGACGUCCGCCGCGCGCUUGACAUCGAAACCACGGCUCGCCGACUGCGCAAGGCGCGGAAGAUGAAGGCUGGGUCCGGCAAGCCGUCACCGGCCUUUGCCUCGACUGUGCCGCUGUUGGGAGAGCAAAUGGCAAACGCUGCGUCCGAGGGCGGACUCAUCUAUGCCGUCAACAUCGAUGCGGUCGCUCCAUCGGCGCCGUCGCAACUCGACGCUGCUCACGCUGCCAUCAUGGCCAAGAUUGACGCUCGUAUUGAAGCCUCGGACAUGCAUGCUCGUCGGCAAGCUGCCUCGCGACUCGAGUCGCCGGUCUUUCGGCCGCCGUCGGUGGUGGCGCGCGCCGCAUCAGCACCGCCGAACCCGGCGCGUCCAGACUCGGGCUCGGACUCGGGCUCUGGCUCGGACUCAGUUGUGGGCACGGAGACGCCCGCAGACUCAUCAGGCUCAUCCAGUCAGUCCGGCCCGGGCCCGCUGCCAUCGUUCGCGCGUGCUGCCGACGCCUCGCGCCGCAUCCCGGGCGCAGUCGACAUGUCGCGGAGCGUCGGGCGCGAUCGUGACUUUAACUCGCUCUUCUAUGCCCAUCGCAAGGAGCCAUAUGUCGAGCGCAUGUACGCGCCCAACUAUGCGGCGGUCAAGGCGUCACCGGCGCCGGCGCGCGACUUUGGCCGACAGGUUGCGCGGGGCGAGCUGCAGCUCGUCGGCUCGUCGGCGCCCGACGUCCGCUACCGACCCAAGGACCCAUCGCAGAUGCGAUUUAUGGCGCCGGCGCCCGGCGUGACCUUUGCCAACCAGACUGGUCGCGAGCGCGUGCCGCUCGAGAAGAAGGCACGGUCGCUGUCACGGGCGUCGGCCAACGCCGCGCGCUCUCGCAGAGUCUCCAAAUGGAAACGCCAGCUCCGGGCGCGCAGGCUCGGCGUGCCUGUGGAGACACCGGCCAGCCCGCGCGGCCGCCAACGCAUGUCGACCGGCCGCGACACACUCCCGAUCCCGGGCUUUGUCGACCUCUCCAAAAAGGGCCGCGCUCGGAGCGAGCCGCCGCCGGUCCUCGACCUCUCGUAUGAGCCACGGUACGAUGCUGUCCGCCGCCGGACACCGGGCGCGCCCAUCUUUGAGCUCUCGCCGCCGCGGCGCGCCACCCCGCCGGGUGCCCGCGCCCGUGGGCCCGACAAGGCCUACGAUGUAGCCCGCGGUCUCGACGCCAUUCUCCCGCGCUCGCCGCAGCCGAUCAUCCGCGCGCCGACCCGCGAGCCCAGGGCUCCGGGUACCUUUUUUGUCACCGAGCUCGACCCGUAGAUCCCUCGCCUCAUGCCUUGGACCGCGGUGCGGUCGGAACAAAGACUGCGAUCCGCGAGCCAAUGUCAAACAGUCGCUGUCGCAGCUU